CGAUGGCAUUCGUUCUCAGCUAUUCUUAGGAGCCUCUCAGGAGCUCCACACAGCCUGGCCAGACAGCAAGGGACGGAGCAGAGGCCGCCACUGUCAGCACGAGCAUGUCUUACAGCGUGACCCUGACCGGGCCCGGGCCCUGGGGCUUCCGUCUCCAGGGGGGCAAGGACUUCAACAUGCCGCUCACUAUCUCCCGGAUCACACCGGGGAGCAAGGCCGCCCAGUCCCAGCUCAGCCAGGGUGACCUCGUGGUGGCCAUUGAUGGAGUCAACACAGACACCAUGACCCACCUGGAAGCCCAGAACAAGAUCAAGUCUGCCAACUACAACCUGAGUCUCACGCUGCAGAAGUCGAAGCGCCCCAUCCCCAUCUCCACAACAGCGCCUCCGGUCCAGUCCCCCCUGCCGGUGAUCCCCCACCAGAAGGACCCCGCUCGGGACACGAACGGCAGCCUGGCGGCGCUCAGCCCCAACCCCAAGGCGAGGGCCAGCCUGGGCACCUCGGGCACCCUGGGCACCCCGGAGCUCAGGCAGACCUUUAGCUCCUCCUUCUCCCAGACCUCCGUCUUCUCACACACAGGGGCCUCUGAGCCCGGCCCUCCACGGGGCAGCCCGGGGGCCAAGACCGGCCUGGAGGGAGCCCUGGACUCACUCAGCCCGAAAGUCCCGCAGGGCUCGAGCCAGCCGAGGCAGUAUAACAACCCCAUUGGCCUGUACUCGGCAGAGACCCUGAGGGAGAUGGCUCAGAUGUAUCAGAUGAGCCUCCGAGGGAAGGCCCCAGGUGCCGGACUCCCAGGAGGCGCCGACUACCAGGAACGGUUCAACCCCAGCGCCCUGAAGGACUCUGCCCUGUCCACCCACAAGCCCAUCGAGGUGAAGGGGCUGGGCGGCAAGGCCACCAUCAUCCAUGCGCAGUACAACACACCCAUCAGCAUGUACUCCCAGGACGCCAUCAUGGACGCCAUUGCUGGGCAGGCCCAGGCCCAGGGCAGUGACUUCAGUGGGAGCCUUCCUAUUAAAGACCUCGCGGUGGACAGCGCCUCCCCGGUGUACCAGGCCGUGAUCAAGAACCAGAACAAGCCGGAAGACGAGGCUGACGAGUGGGCCCGCCGCUCCUCCAACCUACAGUCUCGCUCCUUCCGCAUCCUGGCCCAGAUGACUGGGACAGAAUACAUGCAAGACCCUGAUGAAGAAGCUUUGCGAAGGUCAAGGCCCCAGGCCUCUGCCUACAGUCCCGCCAAGGCGACCUCUCCAGCACCUGCCACUCAUACAUACAGUGAGGCCUCAGCUGCCCCUGCGCCCAAGCCCCGGGUUGUCACCACCGCCAGCAUCCGGCCUUCUGUCUACCAGCCAGUGCCUGCAUCUACCUACAGCCCAUCCCCGGGGGCCAAUUAUAGUCCAGCUCCCUACACCCCCUCACCUGCCCCUGCCUACACCCCCUCGCCUGCCCCCACCUACUCCCCUUCUCCGGCACCAGCCUAUACCCCCUCGCCAGCCCCAAGCUAUAACCCUGCACCCUCAGCGGCCUACAGUGGGGGCCCUGUGGAGUCUGCCAGCCGCCCCCCUUGGGUGACAGAUGACAGCUUCUCUCAGAAGUUUGCCCCUGGCAAGAGUACCACCUCCAUCAGCAAGCAGACCCUGCCCCGAGGGACCCCUGCCUACACCCCGACAGGGCCCCAGGGGUCUCCCCUGGCCAGGGGCAUCGUUCAGCGGGCUGAGCGUUUCCCAGCCAGCAGCAGGACUCCGCUCUGUGGCCACUGCAGCAACGUCAUCAGGGGCCCCUUUCUGGUAGCCAUGGGCCGUUCCUGGCACCCGGAAGAGUUCAACUGUGCCUACUGCAAGACCUCCCUGGCCGACAUGUGCUUUGUGGAGGAGCAGAACAAUGUGUACUGUGAGCGCUGUUACGAGCAGUUCUUUGCCCCAAUCUGUGCCAAGUGCAACACCAAAAUCAUGGGGGAAGUGAUGCAUGCCCUGAGACAGACAUGGCACACCACCUGCUUCGUCUGCGCAGCUUGCAAAAAGCCCUUUGGGAACAGCCUCUUCCACAUGGAAGAUGGGGAGCCCUACUGCGAGAAAGACUACGUCAAUCUGUUCAGCACCAAGUGUCAUGGCUGCGAUUUCCCCGUGGAGGCUGGGGACAAGUUUAUCGAAGCCCUGGGACACACCUGGCAUGACACCUGCUUCAUCUGCGCAGUGUGCCACGUGAAUCUGGAGGGGCAGCCAUUCUACUCCAAGAAGGACAAACCCCUGUGCAAGAAGCACGCACACGCCAUCAACGUGUAG